UGAUGAAAGAUUUUCAAGAAAAUUUUGAAUGUUUUUUUGAAGUUGCUACUUGUGGCGAUAUAAUUUCUAUUUACAGAGGGAGGCCUAUUUGGGCAAAUUAUCAUCCAGAUAAACUUGUACUUCCAGCGGAGAUUCUUUUUAAUAAUGUCCCUUCGGCUAGGGGAGCUGUUCUUCAUUAUAUAGCUAAAUUGGUUCAUGAAACUGUCCAUUUAUAUUUUUCUGAAAAGGAAAGGAAAGAAGGAACGGGGAAAGGUAGGUGGUAA